GGAUUUCCCUGAAGUCGAUAAUGUCGUUUAUGACGAUCUCCAUCAAUGUCGCGCUUUUACAGUUGCUAUGCGUACUGAAUUGUAGGGAAGCUCUUGAUCUAGGAGCUGUAGGAGACAAGAUCGCCAAGACUAUGCACGUACUGGAAGAAGCUAAGAAAGUUAUCUACAAGGCUACAGGUGACAGUGGAAGUGUAGAAAUCCAAGGCAGAACUCUGCAGUACGAAGUGAAAGGUGGUUUCUACAAAUGGGAAUACCAAUACACAGGAAAGGCGUGGGACUCUGCAGCCCAGAUAACUGUAAAGAGCAAAGGCUGGGAAAGUUCGGGAGGAGCAAGAGAACACGUGCUCGAAGACCUUGUUGCAGAGCUGAGGAAGAAGGGAUUCCUGAAGUAGUUCCAGAGCAGCAAUCGGAUCUAGAACAAGAACCGCUGUCUUUCAGAUAGAUCAGCCACAGUAGUAUGAUUGUAUGUAGCUAGCGACAACUUUUUAAGCCACAGCUAACGGUAGAAAUUUUGAACUCUAGAUAAGUAUCUGCUUGUGAAAGAUCAAAUGACUAGUACUGUAUGUCUUCCACCAUAUCAUAUCAACACACAGGCGCA